AUGUUGCACCCGAUGGAUUUGGCUCGUCUUUGUCAACGUCACGUGGGUCAUGUUAUUGUAACCCGGACAUCGACCGCCUCUGCCGGUGUACCCGCUGAUUUCGCCUUGCGUCACGGGGCUUAUCGUACGGCCAUUUACACCGCUCUGCUUGCAGUCGUUCGUUCAGCAGGAGCCACGGAACAGGAGUUGCGAUCCAUACUGUCUUCCGACCGGCAUGCAACGCGUCGACGGUUUCGCCUCCCGCUAGUGCAACCACACUAUCUAGAUGGAUAUUAG